AGACCUGAACUGUGUCAGAUCGCUCAUAUCUGGUCCAUUGUCAAUAUUUAUUGCGCAACCAGCCGGCAUAAUGAUUCAACCGAUAUAAGCCAACACUCUCCAGGUCCUGCGUUUAAACCUUAGACCGGUAAAGAAUCAAUUGUUACCAACUCACCUCAGCUAAUAUACCUUACCUUAAGUUUUAGCGGCCGACGAUUGAAGCGAUACAGCCAUUCAAACAAUCAGAAAGAUGUCAUCCUUCUUAAGCUCCACCGCCAACAUCACCCAUUCCUCCCGCCUCCCCAAAGGCACUACCCGCGCCCAGGCGCUAUCCAUGCUCUCCGAUUACGAGUUCUUUUUGUCCUGCGACCCGCACCUGGACAAGUUUGAGCGCAUUGCGGACCCGGCCGGCAGUCUGGACUCUGCCCCUUCGGUGCCGGACUCGGUUAAAUCACAGCUCCGGCGGUCAUCAUCAUCAUCACCAGAUCCUGUGCCCACGCCGACGUGCUACCGCGUCACGGACAUUGUGCACGCCAUCCCAGCGGGCAUCUGGGACACCAAUGUGGUGAGCACGUACGAGUUCACCGAUAUCAAGGACGGGCUGUUUGUGCGCAUCCGGAGCCCGCUGUCGAUCGUCAUGGACACGUUUUGGCAGAUCAGGGAGGUCGAGGGAGAGGACGGGCUGCUGGAGCUGGUCGAGGACGUGAAUAUCCAGUGCUCCAGGUUGCUGAUCGGCCUGGUAAAGAGCCAGUGUGAGAAUGGGUGGGCGAAAAUCCAUGCCAAGAUGAUUAGCCGGCUGGAGGAGGAGGGCAAGACGGGGAGCGGGUGAGGGUCAGGGUCAUGGCGAGACUCGGGGGUAGUACUCUUGGGGCACUCAUCUGGCUUGUACUCUUGCAACCGUGGCCACUUGGUUGAGAACCGGUAUUUGGAGGGCUCUACACCGGACGGACUGGCAGGUUAUUGAGAUGGCACUGCGCUGUUUGCACCUCACCCGCUUCUGGAGACAAACUCGACACAAAGACAUGGUCGUUUGAUCUCCAAGGCGUCCUGAAGAUUUGGUGGCCAGACUCUGCAAUAGCAAGUUGUGCUAGGGAUGGCGACAAUGUUCAUAUCGAAGCCAAUUCCAGUGCAGUUCUAUCAACGACGGUAAGGGCGUUUAGGACUAUCAUAUACAAGACCUACAUUAAGAUUCAGGGGUAAGGUAGUCAAGGAGUCAGGGUACAAUACAAUUCAACAGUACCUAGUUCAC